CCGCCCCAGUCUUUGCAGGACGUCAGCGCGGACUGCAGGGGCCCGAGCCGCUGCCGUCGCCGCCGCUGCCGCGCAGCCCCGCAUCGCUCACGGGGGACCCGGUCACCGCCACCGCCGGGACAGUCACCGCCGCCAGCGUCGCCGUCACAUCCAUCGGCGCCGGGCAAGAUGGCAUCGGCCACGGACUCCCGCUAUGGACAGAAGGAGUCCUCGGACCAGAACUUCGAUUAUAUGUUCAAGAUUCUCAUCAUUGGCAACAGCAGCGUGGGCAAGACGUCCUUCCUCUUCCGCUACGCCGACGACUCCUUCACGCCCGCUUUCGUCAGCACCGUGGGCAUCGACUUCAAGGUCAAGACCAUCUACCGCAACGACAAGAGGAUCAAGCUGCAGAUCUGGGACACAGCAGGGCAGGAGCGGUACCGGACCAUCACCACCGCCUAUUACCGGGGGGCCAUGGGUUUCAUCCUGAUGUACGACAUCACCAACGAGGAGUCCUUCAACGCCGUGCAGGACUGGUCCACUCAGAUCAAGACGUACUCCUGGGACAACGCACAGGUACUGCUGGUGGGGAACAAGUGCGACAUGGAGGACGAGCGGGUGGUGUCGUCGGAACGUGGCCGGCAGCUGGCUGACCACCUCGGGUUCGAAUUCUUUGAGGCCAGUGCUAAGGACAACAUUAACGUCAAGCAGACCUUUGAGCGCCUGGUAGAUGUCAUUUGUGAGAAGAUGUCCGAGUCCCUGGACACCGCCGACCCUGCUGUCACCGGCGCCAAGCAAGGCCCGCAGCUCACUGACCAACAGGCGCCCCCGCACCAGGACUGCGCCUGCUGAGGGUCGCCCCACCCC